AUGCAGGGCAUUCAACCGUUCAACCGCCCGCCAGCCGACCACCGCACAUGGGCCACACUUGUGUGUCGUCCCCUCUGCCAUGCUCUCAUCUCUCCCUCCCUUCUGUCCCCCUCCUCUGCUACCCUUGCAGGGCAUUCAGCCAUUCAACCGCCCGCCAGCCGACCAUCGCACAUGGGCCACUCUUGUGUGUCGUCGCGUGCACAACACAUGGCCGCAGGUUGCACCAGGGAUUUGCCCUCUCUAUUCCUGUCAGGGGGCUUUGAGAAUCCCUGGGGUGGGGCAUGCGCCCGCCUCGCAUGUGCGCACACGUCUAUGAUGCUGCAGGGAUUCUUUGAGAAUUCUCGCAGGGCUUUGAGAAUCCCUGGGGGCUUUGAGAAUCCCUGGGGUGGGGCAUGCGCCCGCCUCGCAUGUGCCCACACGUCUAUGAUGCUGCAGGGAUUCUUUGAGAAUUCUCGCAGGGCUUUGAGAAUCCCUGGGGGCUUUGAGAAUCCCUGGGAUGGGGCAUGCGCCCGCCUCGCAUGUGCCCACACCUCUUCCUGUGUGCCCGCCUCUCCCCCUUAUGGACCCUAUCCCCACUCCAGGGCUGAGGCAGAGCUCUACGCGUCUCUCCCUCCCCCUGACCGCGUGCGCAUCUUGAAAGCUCUCUGCGAGAUUCGGCUGGAUCAAGAGGACACUCGAGUGGUGGUAGAGGCGGCCAUGAAGAGGAACCUUGAGGAGAUUGGUGGCUUAUCCUCUAGCCCCUCUGUAUCCCUCUCGGACCCUGCUGUACCCAUCCCCACCACACAGCAAGAGGACACGCGAGUGGUGGUAGAGGCGGCCAUGAAAAGGAAUCCCGAGGAGAUUCGCAUGGAGCCGUUUGGCAUCGACGCCAACAACCACGUGUUCUGGUUUUGCAACGACUCAGUGUUGGGCCAUCGGCUGUUCAAAGAGGGCCCACACGUUUUCAUCACACAGGAAGAGGCUGAUGCUGCUGCUGACUCUGCUUUUUCUUGUGCCCAACUUCCAUCCUCCAGGUUUUGCAACGACUCUGUGUUGGGCCAUCGGCUGUUCAAAGAGGGCCCACACGUUUUCAUCACACAGGAAGAGGCUGAUGCUGCUGCUGACUCUGCUUUUUCUUGUGCCCAACUUCCAUCCUCCAGGUUUUGCAACGACUCUGUGUUGGGCCAUCGGCUGUUCAAAGAGGGCCCACACGUUUUCAUCACACAGGAAGAGGCUGAUGCUGCUGCUGACUCUGCUUUUUCUUGUGCCCAACUUCCAUCCUCCAGAAGCUCUGAUGAUCACACAGUCGCCACUGCUCUCAUGCCUCGUGCGCCGAGAAGUGAGGAAGUGGCAGGGGCAGCAGAGGCAGCAACAGAGCGGCCAGAGGUGGCAGAGGUAGCACAGGUAGCAGAUAUGGCAGUGGUGGCAGAGGCAGAAAAGGCGGCAGAGGUGGCAGAGGUGGCAGGGGCAGAAAAGGCAGCUAAGGCAGCGACAGCAGAUAUUGCAAGGGUGUCUGCUAGUGCUGAAGCUGAUGUGCCUGCCACACAGCCUGCUACUAGCGCUGAUGUUACCAGCGCUGCUGCUACUGCUGCUGCUGCUUCUGAUGGUGCAGCUGCUGCUGCUGCUGCUGCUGCUGACGGUGCUGCUGCUGAUGGUGAUAAUGCAUCAGCGGCCAAGGAGGCCCCAUCUGGCAAAGCUGGAGCAUCUGAGCCGUCCGUUAGCCCAACACCAGCAUCCGAUCCCCUACAAUCUGAACCACCACCCAAUUCCACUCUCGAAGUCUCUGCUGCUGACAGCGUUACAGCGAUCAGUGUGGUAACCAGAUUGGGUGAUGUGAAGUCGUGUGCAACUGGUGUUGAAUUGAUUCUAAAGUCGCCUAUUGGGAGUCCCGACAAUAAGGGUUUAUCACGUGGGAACCAUAGGGAGUUCUUGCGAGGAAAUGGUAAAGAGUCGCAAGGAGAUAGGGAUUUUAUGAGCGGCCUAGCCGCUAUCGGUGGAUUGAAGGCUUUAGUCGGGGUGAAGGCUGAGGAGGAGGAGGAGGGGGGAGUGAAGGGGAGAGGAGGAGAGGAAAGUGGGGUGGGAGCGAAGGAGCAAGGGGUAAAAGCGGAAGAGGAAGGAAAGGGUAAAAAGGGAGACGAAGAGGAUAAGGUGCUUGUGAGGAGAGGGGCUGGAGCGAAGGAGAAUGAGAGGGUUUACAGGAGGCGAGGUGGCAGGGAGGCGGGUAGGAAGGAUUGUGAGCGUGGGGAGGGGGGCAAGAGGGAGGUGAAAGGAGAAGAAGAGAGCAAUAGAGGUGGCGUUGGUGUGGGUGAAGAGCGUGGAAGAUACGAGGGAGAAGAAGAGGAGGAGGUGAAGGAGGUGAAGGAGGUGAAGGAGGUGAAGGAGGGAGAGGAGGAGACGAAGGAGGAGGAAGAGGAGAAGGAUGCUGCUGUGAUUGACUUAACUGACGCAGAUCCCUGCAUGCCUGCUCAAGGCGGCUCAGCUGAACCUGCUCAAGACCCCUCAGGCACCGCUGCUGCUGGAAAGGCCUCGGUUGUUGCUGGUAAGGCAGACUCUGCUGCCAAGGCAGAUUCGAGCGCCCGUCCUACUCGCCAUGGCAUGAGCACGCGAACCAGGUCCGGCAGUCUCCGCCCUCCUUCCGCCUCCAAACCUGCUCCCAACCCUGCUGCCAAGCCUGCUUCCAAGGGCACUCCCACCAAGGGUGGCAGCAAGAAGGGGAGAGGAGCCGAUGCUGCUGCUGCUGCUGGAGGGGAGGGGAGGAGGAAGGCAAAGAAGAAGGCCAAGCCAGUUUUCCUGCCACCUGUGUGUGGCGAGUUCGCCACUGCAGCCGUCUGCCUCACAGACUUCACAGCUCUCGCGGACGACCUCAGUGCCAGUGUGCAUAACGCGGAUCAGCUUAUAGCGGAUCGCUUGGCGGAGGAGGCCAUUCCUAAAGUGGAGCUCGAGGAGAAGUGCAAGGAGCGGCAUGCAAAGAGGCAGCACUGGCAGGCAGCACAGCAGGCACGCAAGGAGCGACAUGCAAAGAGGCAGCAGAGGCAGGCGGCGCAGCUGGCAGCCACUGUCACACUCGAACCCUUUCCCUGUUUUACCUUCUCUUCUCUGCACCUCUCCUCUGCCCACACCACCAUCGCAAGGAGCGACAUGCAAAGAGGCAGCAGCGGCGGGCGGCGCAGCUGGCAGCCUAGCUGGCAGCUACUGUUGAACCCAACUUCUGCAAUCUCACAUGUUCUUCUCGUUUCUUUCGCCUCUUAUUUCUCCUAUCAACAGCGCAAGGAGCGGCAUGCGAAGAGGCAGCAGAGGCAGGCGGCGCAGCUGGCAGCGCAGCUAGCAGCAGCCAUGGCAGCAGCAGGGCAGUACGCAGGGGGGUACGGCGAGGGGCUGGCUCUGGGUCGAUCGAGGCGGGAGAGGAAACCCGUGACCUACACCUUCGGUGCGUGCAUCUUGCAUUGCUGUGGGGGGGUUUGGGGAGGGGAUGGCUGUGGGGUGCUGUCCUGA